AUGGGGGGUCCCACUCCAUCCGUCAUUUCUCCUUUCCAACUUCGCUUUCCGAUUUCCUCUGCCUCCCUGUCAGCUCUCCGCGCUCCUCCCCAAACCCUCCGUGAUACCGACCGUGGUGUUAGCAUGGCGACCAGUAGGAUAGCACUGCCUGCGACUGAAUUCCCCCUCCACGUGCCAGUGGGCAUCGGUGGGUACGGGGUGACGCUUGAGAUGAAGGACUACGAAGUCCUUCGCGACGAGAAGGCCGAGUUAACAGAACCUUGCUUCGACCUCGGCCUCGCGUACGAGCUCGAUCGUCUGGGAAAAGGCGACAGGAUGAUCCAAAUCCGCGGUGCGAGUCUUCGCGCUGCCAGGACGGCGUCGAAGGCGGACCAUCUGAUUUUCGGGUCGGCCUUCGGCUUCGAAGCCCUCGCCAUCCCCCUGUGCACCAGUGGCGGACCUCUUCCCGGCAGGCACUGCAGCGUCCUGCUUGUUGUGCGCCCUGGCGACCUGCUUUUGCCCGACGAGGAGGAGAUCGGGACGUUCUACCGCCACCUCGACCCCAAAACCUCCUCCAAGCGGCACGAGGAGGAGGCAGCCAACGUUCUGAGGUUUUUCGGCGAAUGCGUGAAGGCGGAGUUGAACCGUGGGGGAAGGCAGUGGACGGCUGCGCCUCCUUCCGCCAAAGUCCUCUCCGAACGUCUGGAGAGUCUUGCCGCCCCCAUCCGUGAUGUGAGUUUCCAACGUCCAUGUCGCCUUGUCGCCUGGGCUAUCGUCGUCCAGGCGUCGACUCACCCUUUUCGUCGGCGCCAUGUGCUUCGGAUGUUGAUGCAGAAAUUGCCCGACAUCCUCAAGGAGGAGGUCGCCGGCACGGGGCUGUUGGCGGUCAACGCGUUCGCGUGGUCGUUGGAGCAUCUGGACGACGUGCAUCGCAGCUACGAUCCGCUCAUCGUCGAGAACCCGAAGAUGGUCGGCUUGAAGGCGCUCCGACUGGAGCUGCUGCACCACGCGGAUAAGGCCGCGUCGAACGAAGGGGAGGCGGCGUCGACCGUGGCCCGUGGCGUCGGAACCGCCAUCGCUCUGGGUGGGGAGGAGGAGCACGAGAGGGAGGACGUCGAGGGGGGCGGGGAGCACGACGGUGGCUCGGAAGAAGAGGAGGACGUGGAGCGUGAGGAGGACGACGUGGCUGUCACCGGCGAAGAGGAAGCUGUACAGUUCGCCGGUGAGAAGGUUGCGGAUAAGAGCGGCGGCAGCGGACCCAAUUUGGGCAAGAAGGCCCGGGGCAGCAGUGGCUCGACCCCGACUAGGAUGGCGUCAAAGGCGGCUAUCGAGCGUCUGAAGGCGGCGGAGAGGGAGAUCAAGAAGCUGAGGGAGGAGAAGCUGGUGGCGGAAAAGAGGCUGGAGUUCCAGACGGCCCGGAACGACACGAUGUACGGCGUGGUCACCUCGGCCGUGAACAAGCUCACUACAGUCGCCGAGGGCGUGACCCAUCUCGAGCAGACGUCGGGGAGGAGCAUCCAAACGGCGGUGGACGCUAUGAGGGCGGUCGUGCAGGAGGCGGUGAGCUAUCGCGGCUCCACCCUAGAAUUCAUGAACACGCAGUGGCUGCCCACCGUGCAGGCCCUGCACUUGACGGCUACUGCUGCACAGGGUAGGCGACGGGAGGACGACCUCCUGCUGCUUCGAGGUGUGGCAGAUGCUCUUGGCCAGAAGAUCAAAACAGUCGUGUCUGCCGAGGUGAAGGCCGCCAUGGAGGGCGAGGCGCAGCGGAUCGCCGCUGCCGUGACUGCGAAGGUCGUCCAAGAGCUUAGGGACGACCUGGUGAAGGCGGUCACCUCCGCGACCCAACAGGGCAUUGGCACCGCCGGCAACCAGGCGGUCGACCAAGGAGCAGAGGCAGCAAACGUCGCGGCGGCGACUGCAGGGCCGAGUGGCUCAACGGUGGAGGCGGCUGUGUGGAGAGCGGCGGAAGAGGCCGGCGGGGUUGACGAAGAGAUCCUCGCCAGCAUCGUGAUGCCGGACCCGGAAAUCGAGGUCAUGCGGGAAAAACUACAAGCAGCAGCUCCCACCGUGGGAGCGCAACAGGGUGCACCAGCCGCCUCGACUGCUCCUGCGGAGGACCAUAGCGCGGCUGGCGCCAAAUCCCCCCCGGCCACAACCGGUGAGGUCGGCGAUGGGAAGCAGAAGCGCAAGGGCAAGGACAAGGCGAAGGGCGGCCCGGCGAAGGUCGGCUCUUCCAAGGGGACGUCCAAAGCGGCCGCGCAGGGUCGGAAGGGUUCAGGCGUCCGCGUUGACCCUUCAAAUGGGCUGGCCGUCUCGGAGAUGAAGUUUGGGAAGAAGAGCCGUUACAUCUGCCGGUCGAUGGACAAGUCCGAGGCCGCCUACUGCAUCGCUGUCGCCGUUUCGUCGUUCGACGGCUUCGUCAGCGACGUGGUUCUCGAGGAGUUCGGUGGGGUCAAGGAGGAAGUGAUGGCGCAGUAUAAGGCGGACUGGAAUGUGGCGCGAUUGAUUCCGGGGGGCAUGUGGAUGGUCAUGUGGAGCCGAGGGGCGAACGUCUUCCGCGACAGGUUCCAACAGGUGGUCGCGGAAUACAACAGGAUAACCGGAGCCGACCGCGCAGCUCUCAUGUUGGCUCUUCGCCCGGCGGUGUGGUUCGGCGACCUUCCGGAGUCGACCGAGCCCGAGAAGGCCGCGAAGAAGAAGGUGGCGAGCGACAUGAUCGCACGCCGGCCGGCGAAGGGGGGGGCGGCAGCGACCAUGCGCGGAGCGUCCAACGAGUUCGCGAGUCGGUGUCGGACCGUCAUCGAGGCGGUGCUUCAGCGGGCGGCCUCCCGGGUGGUCGUCGUAGGGGAGGUCGCCGAAACGGUGACGAAGGACCUGCAGGCGGCUGUGGUGAGGUCGCUGCCUGAGGUCGGAGAGGAGCGCGAGCACGACGAGCUGAUCGCCCGUGUCAUGAUAGAGAACCUCGCCUUCUGGGGGGACUGCAAUGUCGGAGGCCCGAAGCUCAAGGCUCGCGGCGUCGAUUUGCCUAUCGACCCCCAGAUGAAGAUUAUCAUUCGGGACAGGGGGGCGAGGGGGCAGCAGCACAAAGGGAAGCAGAGGCCCCGCCACUCUGUCGCGGCCCACCCGCCGCCCUACCUGCGGCCUCCCCGCCGCCCUACCUGCGGCCGUACGCCGCCCUACCUGCGGCCUACCCGCCGCCCUACCUGCGGCCGUCCGCCGCCCUACCUGCCGCCGUCCCGCCGCCCUACCUGCGGCCUACCCGCCGCCCUACCUGCGGCCGUCCGCCGCCCUACCUGCGGCCGUCCCGCCGCCCUACCUGCGGCCUACCCGCCGCCCUACCUGCGGCCCGCCCGGCCGCCCUACCUACGCGGCCCAGUAGCAGCCGAGCCGCCCGGAGCAACCGAGCCGCCCAGGAGCCACCGAGCCACCCAGCAGCAGCCGAGCCGCCCAGCAGCAGCCGCGCCGCCCGGAGCCGCCGAGCCGCCCAGCAGCAGCCGAGCCGCCCGGAGCCGCCGAGCCGCCCAGCAGCAGCCGAGCCGCCCAGGAGCCGCCGAGCCGCCCAGCAGCAGCCGAGCCGCCCAGCAGCAGCCGAGCCGCCCGGGAGCCGAGCCGCCCAGCAGCCUAGCGGCCGUGUCGUCUGGCGACCUUCCUCCCGAGCCGCCCGACCUGCCCUGCCCGGGUCGAGCCAUUGACUUUGAGGUCUGGCUCGACGACCUGCAGCUGUUUUUACAGUGCGACAGGGCCGACGGUCCAUCUCUCUUUGACCUCACCUCUGGCGCCGUCCCUGCCCCUGCUGCUGAUGCUGACGCCACUGUUCACUCUCAGUGGGCCACGCGCGAUGCUGCUGCACGUCUUGCUGUGCGUCGCCACCUGCCUACUGCUGAGCGCGCGCACUUUAGCCAGUACAAGAGUGCUCAGACCUUGUACGACGCUGUAGUUGCGCGCUACUCCUCCCCUGCCACUGCUGCACUGAGCCGCCUCAUGCUCCCCUUCCUCUUCCCUGACCUUGCCACCUUUCCCACUGUCGCUGAUCUCAUCACGCACCUCCGCACUAGUGACACUCGCUACCGCGCUGCGCUUCCUGCUGACUUCUGCGCCAAGAACCCCCCCCCAUUCGAAAGCCUCAGGAAGGCCCUUCUUGCAGCAGAGAAGAGCAUAGUUGCUGUAGGAGCCUCUCGAGGUGACCCCCGCGCCCCCAUCUUUGAGGGGUAUUCUCCUUCCCCUCUCCUGCCCUCUGUCGCCUCUGCCGCUGCGGCCGACCUCGUUGGUCUUGAGUCGGUCGGUGCGGCGUCUGCCCCUAGCGGGAGACGCCGCUCUGGCAAGGGCAAGGGGGGCAAGGGAGCGGGUGGGGCCAGUGGGGGCGGUGGCGGUGGAGGUGGAGGCGGCGGAGGGAGUGGGGGUGGCGGUGGAGGUGGUAGCGGGGGUGGGGGUGCUAGUGGCCGCAGUGGCGGCGGGAGUGGCGGCGGCGGUGGCGGUGGUAGCGGAGGUGGCGGAGGUGGCGGCGGUGGAGGUGGAGGCGGGGGCGGUGGAGGCGGAGGCGGGGGUGGCGGAGGUGGAGGUGGUCGGAGUGGAGCUUCGCAGCGGAGCGGCACUGGUGGCGGUCAGCGCCAGCAGCAGCAGCAGCGUUCUCGCGACGUCCCCACCCCUCAGCAGCUCCGUGAGUGGUACACGCAGCGUCAGCGCGGUGGGGGUUUUGGUCCCUGCACCUACGUUCUCCGCACUGGCGACCGCACUGGAGAGCAGUGUGGGGGUGCCCACCCCGCCCAGCGCUGCUUUGGCCGCCUGACGGACGCUUGGCGUCAGCAGUUCCCGGAGGCCGCGGAGAUCCCCCGCUGGGGAGAGCUGUCUAGGGCUGGUGUAGCUAUCUUUGAUCUUGAUUUUGAUGCUAUCCUUGCUGCCAUGUAUGCUGUGACCAUUAGUGAGGAGGGUGACUGUUACCGGUGUUUCCCGCCCGACCCGGGCAUUGGUACUGCUGCUCCAGGUGCCGGUGAGGCUUCUGCUCUAGGUGCCAGUGCGUCUGUGCACUCAGGUGCUCGUGAGACUGCUCUCUCAGGUACUAGUGCGUCUGCGCUCUCAGGUACUGCGUCGGCUUCGGCCUCCCACACCUUCACUCUUGACUCUGGAGCGUCUCGCUCUUUCUUUCGGGACCGCACCACACUUACGCCGCUUAGUCGGCCGGUUGCGGUUUCCCUGGCUGACCCCUCUGGGGGUCCUGUCCUGUCUCGCUUCUCCACAGUCCUCCCGUGUCCGGCGGCUCCCUCUGGCACCCUGUCUGGUCUCUACCUCCCCUCGUUCUCUACGAACUUGGUGAGUGGUGCUGACCUACAGGAUGCGGGAGUCCACCACUUCACCCCUGCUAGUCAGCGAGUGACGCACUGCACAGGGGCUAGCACGGGUCGUCACCUGGCUACGUUUACACGUCAGCCAGGGUCGAGCCUGUACACAGUGACCACUGCUUCUCCUCCAGGUGCUGAGUCUGGUAGAGUCCCUUCGUCUGGUCAGGUGUUUGCUGCAGCGUCCAGGUCUGGUCCUGAGUCUGCCCCCUGUUCGUGUCGCCGUCUGUCUCACGAGACUCUCCUCUGGCACCACCGCCUUGGCCAUCCCUCUCUGCUUCGGCUCAGAGGAAUGGCCUCCCGUCUUCUUGUGUCUGGUCUCCCCCGGUCUCUACCUCCCCUUCCUCAGGGCCCUGGCCCUGCCUGUGUCCCCUGUGUCGAGGGGCGCCAGCGUGCUGCCCCUCACUCCUCCCAGUUUCCUCCGACAGAGGCUCCGUUGCAGACGCUUCACAUGGACGUGUGGGGCCCUGCCCGCGUCCGUGGACUCGGUCAGGAGCGCUACUUCCUGUUGGUGGUUGACGACUACUCGCGUUACACCACAGUCUUCCCCUUGCGCAGCAAGGGUGAUGUCACUGAGGUGCUGAUCGACUGGAUCCGCGCAGCUCGUCUCCAGCUCAGGCAGAGCUUUGGCUCAGACUUUCCUGUGUUGCGUCUGCACUCGGACAGAGGCGGAGAGUUCUCCUCUGGCCUUCUGCGUGCCUACUGUUGUGCUCGAGGCAUCCGCCAGACCUUCACGCUUCCGGACUCCCCGCAGCAAAAUGGGAUUGCAGAGCGCCGCAUUGGCAUGGUCAUGGACGUCGCUCGUACGUCCAUGAGGCAUGCGGCUGCCCCCCAUUUUCUGUGGCCGUUUGCGGUCAGGUACGCAGCGCAUCAGAUCAACCUCCACCCCAGGGUCUCCAGGCCGGAGACCUCCCCAGCGCUGCUGUGGACGGGGAAGGUUGGCGAUGCGUCGGCGUUCCGGGUCUGGGGAUCUCGGGCGUUUGUCCGCGACUUGUCUGCGGACAAGCUGUCCCCUCGCGCUGCUCCCUGCGUCUUCCUAGGGUUCCCCCCCGACGCCCCUGGGUGGCAGUUCUACCACCCCACCUCUCGACGUGUUCUGUCCUCCCAGGACGUCACGUUCGACGAGUCGGUACUCUACUACCGCCUCUUCCCCUACCGCACUCCGUCCCUCCCCCCGCCCCCGCUCUUCUUGGUACCAGGUCCCCCCCCGGUAGACCCCCUCCCCCCUCAGGGUCCUGCCCCUUCAGAUGUGUCCCACGUAGACGCGGUCGAGCCUGUCGAGGUCACUGGUGACUCUGGUGCUGCUGCGGGAGCUGAGCCUGGGGGUGCUGAGACUGGAGGUGCUACGCCUGAGGGUGCUGAGCCUGGGGGUGCGGAGUCUGGAGGUGCUGAGCCUGGGGGUGCUGAGCCUGGGGGUGCUGAGCCUGGGGGUGCUGAGCCUGGGGGUGCUGAGCCUGGGGGUGCUGAGCCUAGGGGUGCUGAGACUGGGGGUGCUCCGCCUGGAGGUGCUCCGUCUCGCCGAGAGCCACUCUCCCCACAGGAGCUACGUGAGUGGUUUGCCAGGCGCUGGAGGCGUGCUGCUGGUACUGGAGGUUCUUCGGCUGCAGAGGGUACUGCUGCCGAGCGUCCCGGAGGUGCUCGUACUGUGGGUGCUGGAGCUGCUGGGUCUGAGGGUUCUCCUGGAGCUGGUGCUGCUGAGGGUGUUGGCGCUGAGACUGCCGCUGGAGGUCCGACUGGCGGUGCUCCUGGUGGUGCUGCUGAAGGUUCUGGAGCUACUAGAGGUGCUGCUGGAGCGGGUACUCCUGCUGGGGGUUCUGGUGCUGUCCCUGCUGUUUCUGGCGUCGCCGCGCGGCCCCGGCCGUACUUCGUUCCGCUCCUGCAGCAGGUUCUUGGUCUUACACCUUCUCCUGGUCCUCCUCCUCCUCCCUUAGAGGGUCCACAGCCUGUCUCGUCACAGUCACAGCUACAGCCUGCCUCACCUUUGCCUGCUCCUUCUCCCUACGCUGGUCCGACUGGAGGUCUUACUGAGCGUCGUGAGCCUGCGUCUCGUCCUGCGUCGCCUGUUCGUACUGCGCGCGCUAGUGGUCGCGGUUCGCGUCAGCGUCCUCCUCCUGUCCCUGGCACGCACCGGAUGUCUCUGCGUCCGUCUACUGCUCCUCUGCGUGCCCCUUUGCCUUCUCCUCCUGCUUCCUCUCUUCCUGCUCUUGCCGACCCGGAGUCGGACUCUCUUCGUGCUGCCAGUCCUACUGUCACGCGUCUCCUUGCUACUGCUGUCACUGACCCUUCUUUCGAGUCUUCUGCUGCGUCUGCCCUUGUCACUGAGCUCGUCAACUUUGCUGCGCGCUGUCGUCUAGACUACGCUGCUAGUCUUGUCGCUGAGUCUGAGUCUGCCUGUCCUCCGUCCGUCGAAGGUGAGUAUGCCCUUGGCACGGACGUCCUUGAGGACAGGCAGGAGGAGUUCCAGUGUUUGGCCGCCGCUUCACCUCAUCUCGCGUCUGUACUGCUAGCCCCUGAGGGAGACCCGGAUGCACUAGACAUCCCGACUCCGCGCUCUUACGCGGAGGCGAUAGAGGGUCCCUACUCCUCUCAGUGGCAGGCAGCUAUGGAUGCAGAGAUGGCUUCCUGGAAGUCCACAGGCACCUACGUCGACGCUGUUCCCCCUCCUGGGGCGAACAUCGUCAGUGGCAUGUGGAUUUUCAGGGUGAAGCGGCCGCCGGGUUCUCCGCCUGUCUUCAAGGCGCGUUACGUGGCUCGUGGCUUCAGUCAGCGGCAGGGGGUUGACUACUUUCAGACCUUCCCCCCCCCCCUCGAAGAUGACCACUCUUCGGUCUACGGUCUCCGCGAGGCGCCACGUGAGUGGCACGACACACUGAGGACUACGCUGGCGGCACUUGGGUUUGCUCCUUCUACUGCCGACCCGUCGCUGUUUCUGCGCACCGACACCUCUCUGCCGCCGUUCUACAUCCUCGUGUACGUCGACGACUUGGUCUUUGCCACAGCUGACACUGCUGGACUCGCCUACGUGAAGUCCGAGCUGCAGAAGAGACACACGUGCACUGACCUGGGUGAACUGCGCAGCUACCUUGGCUUGCAGAUCAGCCGAGACAGAGCACGCCGCACCAUUACCCUGACUUAG